AUGAGAAAUCUCAGUUGCGUCUAUCGCGAAAAGGCCCGUAAUCGGACGCGCAAGGUCAAACCGCGAACUGCAGCUUAUGAGACUAUAAUGUCUCAUGAUGCCAUGGAGAGCACGUCUUUGGAGCCCUCCGAUGAAGGAACUGUGCCGCCUACGCCAAAUGCCGACGAUACGGCAUCUGUCGGACCUACAGGAUCAGUAAUGGACAGCGAACGCAGUUUGACACAUAAUAGCGUUGCUGCGACACAUCGCGCAUCACCAUCUUGUUUUCUCCAACUUUACUAUGGUCCCUCAUCGAAUUUCGCCUUACUCAACUCGAUCUACCACCAAAUAGCAGGAACAUGUCCAAAUGAUCCUCCAUCACGCUCCGGAAUCGUCGAAGAAGUUGGUCCGGGUCUAGACCUAUUCAGCCAUCGGAGACUAUUCUUCGGAGAUUUGGCUGACAACCAACGACCAACAUCAGUACCAGACGACUGCUCAGCAAUGUUGAUUGACCCGGAUACUGCUCAUCGGUUACUCGAGAGAUAUCUUCUGACCUACUGGCACGGCCUUCCCAUCAUGAGUAAAGACCAUUACCGCCGUCGCUUAAGUGCUCUAUAUCAACCACCUGGUAUCUUUGAUUAUGAUGCACCCGAAACCAUCAUUAUAAUGCUGGCUGUAGGACUGGGGGCUUCCAUGACGGGUGAAGAGGCCAUUGCGGACUUUCUUUUUCAGAAAACCAAACAAGGUGUCGCCAAGUUGGAUGAGGUAGUGAACAUGCAGAUGCUUACACACCCUCACGGUCACUUCCAAUCUGAAAGAGCAAGACCAAAUUCAGGCUUCUUACAUGUCGGAACUGCAUGCAGAAAAGCAGUAGCCGCUGGUCUACAUAAGGAUGGAUGCACACGCCCAGGAUAUACCGAAGAUGAUACAAAUCAGCGAAGAAUAACAUUCUGGAGUUUAUUCUUCUGGGAAACAUGGCAAUGUUUUGUCCUUGGCCGACCUAGCUCGCUUCCUGAUCCUGGCCCAAUCAUACCACUACCGAAAGGUCAAAAACUGCUAAAAUCUUUGAUCACCCUAUCACGUAUCAUGGACAAGUGCGUCAAAAAGAUAUAUAGUCCACGGCAUGACUCCCUGUUACCUGUCUGGAAUGCAGCAAUCGAGAUCCGCCGUGAACUACAUCAGUUUGCGGAGCAACAACUCAAGGAUAUGAAGUUUGGCCUUGUUGGAGACCCUAGUACAGGAGAGCUCGGCGUCUGUCAAGCCAUGGUGUCAACAAAGAAUCUACAAAUGCCUCCACCUUGGCUCGAUAGCGCUUGCGAGUAUUGCUUGGAAGCAGCGAGGAAUUCUGUUGGAUUCUUAACGGGCUCUUGUGCCACCAACAUUCUUUGUCGUGAUAUCAAGUACCAUGGCUUCUUCAUGGAAGGAGCAUGCUAUGCCUUGGCUUUUGAUAUGCUUCAAGAAAAGAAGACAGCUCACCGCAAUCUGCCAUGGAUUCACUCUGGCCUCAGAUGUCUCCGUUCCAUGAUGGGAUCAGCAGGAGUAAACGCCGGCCAACUGCCAAUAACAAUCGCCUCAAUCGAGCAGAUGGUUCGAUCUGCUGGGUUUGAACUGAAAGAUCCAGUAGAUUCGAAUCAGCAGAAUCAGACUUCGCAGUCCACGCUUCCCGGAUCACCAGCACCUGUCUCUGUUGCAGGCGGCACGAGGAGCGAGCCUGCGUUCACCUUUCCUUCUAUGCCAUUUGGGUUUGAUGUCACUGGCCAGAUGAAUGGAAGUUCGAGCUCUCCUGCUGGAGCUGCAUCGGAAGAUAUGGCAGAUUUCACAGCUGCUGAUGUUGGAUGGGAUAUUGAUUUUGGAACUAUGAAUAUGGAGGCAUUUUUGUCUCUCGACUCGGCGGAGGCUUUCAAUUUUGCGCCAUGAGUACAUAUGCCACUGCAUUUCUGUACUUUAUCUAAUUGGGCUGAUUUUUUGCUGAUGUCAGUCCUGGGGGCGUUUUUAGACGCAUUGACGCCGUUAAACGAGCUGGAAGGUGAAAUUGCAUUGGGAUGGUCGGGACCACUACAUAGAUGGAUAAUGACGAGGCUACCGAUUG